ACCGCCCCAUCGAGCAGCCCAGCUAAAUAUAUUGUUGGCUGGUAUGAACCCAUUCUAUUUCCAUGCAGUGAAUGUCAUUUUACACUGUCUAGUGACUCUUGUCUUGAUGUAUACUUGUGACAAAGCUGUAUUCAAGGAUGGUCGACUGGCUUUUGUCACAGCUCUCUUCUUUGCUGUGCAUCCCAUUCACAGUGAGGCUGUAACAGGUAUUGUGGGCAGAGCAGAUGUCUUAGCCUGCCUACUGUUUCUGCUGGCUUUUCUCUCCUAUACUAGGAGUGUGGAUCAGUUUUAUGUUGGGGAACAUUUCCCUCCCACUGCCUCUCCAUUCUUCUUGCUGCUUAGUUUAUUUCUUGGGACCUGUGCAAUGCUGGUGAAAGAAACUGGUGUCACUGUGUUUGGUGUGUGCUUAAUUUAUGACUUGCUUUUCCUGUCCUACAAUAGACUCAGACUGAGCAAUGGAGGGGUGCAUCAGAGGUUCCUGCGGCAGCCUGCGGCUUCUGCAUCUGCUUCGCUGCAGAUUCCUCCAUCCAGCAGGGAGAAUGGGAAGCACCGGUAUGCUCACAAAGGGACCUGGAACUCAUGCCACCCUGCCUCACCUGAAGUGCAACGGAGCAGCAGCCUUUCUGUCUCAAACAAAGCUGUAUGGGCUAUUCUUAGCUAUCUGACUGCAAGUAACAACAAGAAUUUCUUGUAUACUGCAAGGCCAUUUUUGAAGAGAGCUGCUUUGGUAAUAAGUUAUGUGAUUCUUGUUUUAUAUUUCCGUCUCUGGAUAAUGGGAGGUUCUAUGCCAAUGUUUUCAGAGCAGGACAAUCCAGCUUCAUUCUCACCUUACUUACUUACAAGAUUUCUAACUUAUUCCUACCUUCUGGCCUUCAAUGCUUGGCUUCUGCUAGCACCAAUUACUCUGUGCUAUGACUGGCAGGUCGGGAGUAUUCCUUUAAUUGAGUCGAUAUGGGAUGUGAGGAAUUUAGCUACAGUUCUUCUGGUGAUGGUUAUGAUAUUACUCAGCUUACAUUGCAUAACAGCAUUCAAGAAACUGGAACAUAGAGAAGUUUUAGUGGGCUUAUUGUUCCUGGUUUUCCCAUUUAUCCCAGCCAGCAACCUCUUCUUCAGGGUGGGGUUUGUGGUGGCAGAGCGAAUCCUUUACAUGCCAAGUAUGGGGUACUGUAUCCUUUUUGUCCAUGGUUUGAAAAAGCUCUGUGCCUGGUUAAAUAGAUGGGGAACUACAGUCCUGACCCUCUCUGCUUUGCUGCUGCUGUUGCUGUUCUCUUGGAAGACUGUGAGACAGAAUGAAAUCUGGUUGUCAAGAGAAUCCCUCUUCAGCUCAGGUGUGCAGACUCUGCCCCAUAAUGCCAAGGUGCACUACAACUAUGCCAAUUUUCUGAAAGACCAGGGUCGUAACAGUGGAGCCAUCUAUCACUACAAAACUGCCCUCAGAUUGUAUCCUCGUCAUGCAAGUGCCCUGAACAACCUUGGCACGUUGACCAAAGACUUGGUGGAAGCAAAGGAAUAUUAUAGAAGAGCUCUUCAGUUAAAUCCACAGCAUAAUCGAGCUCUCUUCAAUCUUGGAAACCUGCUCAAGUCCCAAGGGAAGAAAGAAGAAGCUGUGUUCUUAUUGAGAGAUUCCAUUAAGUAUGGUCCAGAGUUUGCAGACGCUUACUCGAGCCUUGCUUCCCUUUUGGCUGAACAGGAACAAUUCAAAGAAGCCCAGGAAGUUUAUCAGGCUGGGAUAGAGAAUUGUCCAGAGAGCUCUGAUCUGCAUAAUAACUAUGGUGUUUUCUUAGUUGAUACUGGAGCUCCCGAGAGAGCAGUGUCUCACUACCAGCAGGCCAUCUGGCUCAGCCCCAACCACUACGUGGCCAUGGUGAACCUAGGCCGUCUCUACCGCUCUCUGGGUGAGAACAAAGAGGCGGAAGCUUGGUACAAACGAGCGUUGAAAGUAUCGCGGAAGGCUGAAAUUCUGUCCCCCCUUGGAGCUCUCUACUACAACACGGGACGAUAUGAAGAAGCUUUACAGGUUUACAGGGAAGCCGCAGCACUGCAGCCUUCAAACAAAGAGAUUCGACUGGCACUGGCCCAGGUUUUAGCAAUGAUGGGACAAACAAAGGAAGCUGAAAAAAUGACUAACCAUAUUGUGACAGAAGACGCCGAGUGCUUAGAAUGCUACCGCCUUUUAUCAGCUAUCUACAGCAAGCAGGAACAUUACAGCAAGGCCCUUGAAGCUAUAGAUAAAGCUUUGCAGCUAAAACCAAAGGAUCCAAAAGUCAUAUCGGAACUCUUUUUUACUAAAGGAAAUCAGCUAAGAGAACAAAACCUCCUUGACAAGGCGUUUGAGAGCUAUAAACUGUCUGUGGAGCUGAACCCAGAUCAAGCUCAGGCCUGGAUGAACAUGGGAGGGAUUGAGCAUAUCAAGGGAGAUUAUGUCACUGCACGUAGCUAUUACAAGAAAGCUUUACAGCUGGUUCCAAACAGCAAGCUGCUGAAGGAGAAUCUGGCUAAACUGGAUCGCUUGGAGAAACGAUUGCAGGAAAUCCAGGGAAAAGAUCAGACGUAGCUAGUGGAAGGAGCUUUGUGCCCCUUGCAGAAGAAUGAGGUGGAAGCCCACCGGCAGAAGAGAUGAAGGAGCUGUGAAAUGACUCAUAAUUAAAGAUAGCUAAUUUGGGGCACAUAUGCAUCACCAAAGUUGCGGGAGACCCAUCAUUUCUAUUAGGGUAUGCUGAAUAAUGAUUGAAAGCCCUGUUUUAAUAAAGAUGUAUGUUUGGGUUUGAUGCAUAUUGCUGCCAUUAGCACUGUAAGUGGGAGAUGUACCUUUGAUGUCCUGGUCUCUCGCUUCCCAAGCUGGAUGGGCUGUAGAAGCAAAGUUUCAUCCAUUGUGGCAAGGGAUUGAGCAGUACUUCUUGUUAGUCAACAUUCACCCAUCUAGCCCACUUAAGGAGUGUUGUCAGUGGUUUCCAAAACAUGCCCCAUGAAGUCCUUCUCAACCAGGACGAUGGUGAUAAUGAUCAGCAGAGCAUGUCCCAAGAUCAUUACAGGGGUUAAAGCUGGAAGAAAGGGUGGCCAUUUUUUAGGGCCCCAACAAUACAUUGAAAAUGACUCCAAGGAAAUGGAGAAUUAUAUCUGGACACUACAGUCUCUGAAAGUGAUGAGUUUAAGACUAGAGCUGCUAGUCCUUUGAGGAAAAACCUCAGCUGAAUGUUUUACUCUGAAGAUAAUCAUUUUUGUAACAACUCAUUCUCACGAUAUCAAAAAAUUGUCAGAAAUCACAUGACUUUUUUGCCCAAUCAGAAUGACUAUUUCUAUGAAAAAAAAAUCGGAACUCCCAUUGGUAAUGUGGAAUUCUUAAAUGACUCCACCUCUUCCCCUCCCCCAACAAAAUCUAUAUUUUUAAAUAUUGAGUGGGACGGCAAGUGUGCCUCAGAUUAUGAGCAUUUAUUUUUGAGUGUUAUUUAUUUUAACUUAUAAUAAAAUGUUUAAUAUAUUUUUCUCUGUUUAUAAGAGUUGGACAGCAUCCUUCCCAGCUAGCAGUAUGGCUUGUGGUCGUUGCUUUUAUUGUAUAAAGUUAGAAAAUAGGGGGUUUGUUUGAAUAAUUGUGAUUGUGUAAUUGAGGUUGUGUUUGAAUAAUUCUCCCUCCUGAUAUAUUAAAUUGAAUGUUGGACCAAAUAUUCAAUACGGCAGUGCCCAGCCCAUUGAUUUGUAGAGUCGCACCAGUUGAGCUAAGAUAAGAGUUUGAUCUGUUGUCAGUAGUAGAGGGAGUUGAGAAGGUUAGAUGGGGCAGUACAUGAAUAUCCUACUUUUUCACUCCAGCCAGCAGAUCAUCUCACAAGUUUGUUAUUCUCAUCUUAGCCCCCAUUAUGAAACCAUCAUACAGUUUGUUUCAGCCCGGUUGCCAUGUCUUUGCUGAAGGUCAUUGAAUUCAUAGUGUGUGGUUCAAGUUGGGACUGAAGAGCAUUCACACAGCCCUAUCAGGGAAAUCUUGCAUGGCACUGGCCCGUGGCAUGAACCACUGCUAGUAGGGUGUUACUAUUGUGAGCUCUAAAAGCACUCAGGAGUAAAUUAAAGACAUCUCUAUAGUUAAGCAUAAUCAUGGGAUGAUGAUGUGGGUCUUUCUGCUUUAUUCAAGGGGCUUGAUUCCUAACUGCCACUUUUUGUUGGCAAAAAUCACAGAUAAUGAGUCUAGAAGUCAAAAGAUUAUCACCCAAGCAGAGGGCAAAUUCAGUGGCUCCAGUGGUAGGGCUGAAGCACACCCACACAGGAUUAUGUUCAGUGAUGCUGAAGAGUAUUGAUUUAGCGUCUGCAUAUAGCCAGAUUAUUCUUUGAGUGCUUACUGAGGUACAUUCCAUGUUAGAUUUUUCCCUCAGUAGUAUCUUUCGGGCCAGCUCUAGUGCCUUCUGGUGCCACACCUUCUCAGUUUUUCUUACCACUCACGAUGGUUGCUGGAACAACUCUUGCUUCAGCAAGGCAUUUCCAGUGGUUUGUUCUCUCCAUCCGACUUUCUUAGUCUUUGUAUAGUUGUCAUGAAAAUAAUGCUAAUGUAGAUAGUUAGAUCCUCUCUCUUAUCAUGAAGUCCCUUGACUUCAAACCUUGUGCCUCCUGUAUCAAGCCUAUGCCUAUGAGCAGCCCACACUCCAGUUCUCUGAAGUGUCUGGGAGAGGCUCGCGUAAGAGAUUUGUCAGGACUUUAAGCCUUGUAUGAAGAAAGACAGAGAGGCUGGAUUGAGGUCUAUCCUAAUGGAACCAUCUCUCAGCCUGGCUUCAGAGUCAAGCUGCUCAGACUCAGCACAGAGCACUUUGUUCUUGAUACAGCGUGCUCCUUUGGUUCUGCACAAAUCCCAGCAUCCUUUUCCAUUUCCAGUGCCAAGGAAGAAAUGUAAACAGCGCUGCUCUGAGAGAAAGAGAAGCAAGGGGAAGGCAGAGGAGUGCAGCCUCGGUUGGGCCACUCCUCCACCCUGCUUCCAUAGCAGCGCCGUCUCCUCCACACAGAAUGUUGAUUCUGGUAUGGAGCCCCCAACACCAAGAAAUCAUUGUGACACCAGCCUUCAACCCCAGAGGCCUUUGCAAUGACCGGGGACUUAUUGCUCUCAGGACCUGCUAACUCCAGUGGGAUAACCACUGACUCAACUAGCAAGAGCUGGAGAGAGCAUAGUGGUCCAAGCUCCUUCCCAGCACCAGAACCCCCAAUACCUUCGAUAGGCAAACCAAUCCUGUUCUCUUCUACAAGGUCAUAUCUGGUCCACAGAUCCUUGACACCAAUCAACAGAAGUGAGAAGUAUCAUUCCUCCCAUAGUCACCUUGGGAGGACACUUUGGGUAUGUCUAGACUACAUCCUUCUGUUGCCAGAGGGAUGUAAAUUAGACAUACUGAAAUUGCUAAUGAAGCGGGGAUUUAAAUAUCCCACGCUUCAUUAGGAUAAAAAUGGCUGACGCUUUUUGAUGAUGCGGCAAUUUGCCGGCAAAAAGCGGUAGUCUAGACGGGGAUCGGUUGACAAGGAAAGCCUUUUCCGACCGAUCCUAUAAAGCUCGUCUAAUUUAAAUCCCUCUGGUGACAGAAGGAUGUAGUCUAGACAUACCCUUUGAAUCCAGGAUGGAGCCCUACACUCAUCCCAAGAACCACCUGUCUUAAUCCCCCUAGAAUCUCACUGGUACCUGGUUAAGUGGACAGUGGCCUGUGCAAUGGUCAUUCUGGAACUCAUGAGGGUUUUCCCCAGUACCAGAUCCACCUUUCCAUCGGUCAUAGUUGCUUCCAAGAGGAAGGGCCCCUGUACCACUCUGCUCGGUAUAGACCCUGACUCCCAUACCAAACAUGGCAUCAAUACACAGGAUGUGGGCCCCACGUAGGUAAUUGAGGCUGAAGAAAAGGAAGAUGCCUCCACCCAUUCACAACACCACAACCAUGUUCUGCAUCAACAAACAGGGCAGAGCAGGCUCCUCUGCCCUAUGUCAGGCCAUGUCUACACUACUGGCUAAAUCGGCACUUCAGCACUGGAUGUAGUGGUGUCAUCCAGUCUGGUGAAGACAUGCUAAAUUGAUGGGAGAGCACUCUCCUGUUGAUGUCUGUACACUCCCUCCCCAAGAAGGAGAAGUUAUGUUGACGGGAGAGCAUCUCCUGUCAAUACAUACCACGCUGUACACACUGCUAUAAGUCAACAUAAGUUACGUCAAUGUUGAUCAUAUAACUUACAUAACAGAAUGAAGGUAACUUAGAUUGACUUGGAAUAUUAGUGUAUACCAGCCCUCAGGAGGCUAUCAUCUAUGGGACUUUUGCAUGAAGCAUGACAUUCACCUCAAAGUUUCCCAUCUUCCAGGAGCAUGGAACACCGUGGCAGAUCUUUCUCCUCCCACCAUGAAUGAAUGAUCCCUUCCUCUAGAGGUCCCCAGAGUCAUCCUCUGAAGACAGGGAUCUUGCCAGGUAGGCUUGUUGGUUCUCAAGCAGAACAGGAAAUGACAUCAAUUUUUGCUCACUGCACCAGCACAUCCCAGACUCCCUUUCAGACAGCUUCCUGCUCCAUGGACAGAGCUCCUAUUCUAUGCAUUUCCUCCAGUUCCUCUGGCACACAUGUCACUUCUAAAAAUCAAGUGAGGCAAGGCGAAUGUUAUUCUUAUAUCCCUGGCAUGGCCAAUACUGAGAGUGUUUCAGCAUGCUACUAGACUUAUCAGUAGCACCCCUACUACCACCCCCCUCUGCCCAGACCAGAUGUCACAAGACCACGGCCACUGCCUCCACACGUCCCUUCACCUGACUGCAUGGAAGCUCCGUGGCUGAAUCCAGAGGAACAAGCCUUUUUGAAACAAGUUUGACAGGUCUCGCUGGUUAGUAGGAAGCCAUCUACUAGUGCUACCUACCUUACCAAGUGCAAAAGUUUCUCAAUGUGAUUGUCCGAAUGAGGCCUUUUUCCGACUCAGUCUUCACUUACAUCAGUUCUGGACUACUUCAUCUAAAACAACAAAGCGGGGCCCUUGCAUCUAUCUGGGGGUGCACUGAGCAUCAAUUUCAGCAUUCCAUCAGCAAACGGGGGUAGUAAGUUUUCUCUCAUAAAAUGACAAUCCGCAUUUGUAAUAGGUUAGAGAGCCUUUACUGUCAAGUUUGGGAACUGGUUCACCCAUAGGAUUUGAACUUGGUCCUAUCAGAACUCAGAAGCCUUCCCUUUGAGCCACUAGCAUCAUGUCUUCUGCUGUUUCUCUCCGGGAAGGUUGCCUUUCUGAUGGAAAUUACCUCAGCCAAAUGGGGCUCUGAAAUAAGGGUCCUUAUGUCAGAAACACCGUGCACUGUGUUCUUCAAGGACAAAGUUGAGCAACAUUGUCAUCAGUCCUUCCUGCCAAAGGUGACUUCGCAAUUCCAUACUGAACAAGCCAUUGUCCUGCCAGUCUUCUUCCCAAAGCUGCACAAGAAUUCAGAAAAGUGGUGACUUUUAUUGGAUGAUAGGUAUCUUCUUGUCUUCUACAUUGAGAGGAGUAAACCAUUUCAUGGAUCUAUGCAACUUUUUUGGUAAUACCAGAGAGGAGGAAAGGCAUGCCGGUUUCAGCCCAGAGACUCUCAUCCCAGAUAACCCCCUAUAUUCAGGCAGGAAUGUUCCUCCACCUGCCAUUUUGACUGCUCAUCCCAUAAGAGCUCAGGCCUCUUUAGCAGCAUUUCUGGCCCAGGUUUCCACCCAAGGUGUCUGCAGGGUCACAACUUGGUCAUCAAUGCAUCCCUUUUCAUCGCAUUGUACCAUCACCAAAGAGGCUCAACAGGACACCUGGUUUAGGAGAGCAAAUGUUACAGAACACAUGUCCAUGAACUCUGAGACCACCUCCUUGGGAAGUGCUUGUGAGUUAUCUAAUGCAGAAUGGACAUGGGCAAGCACUCAGAGAAGAAAAAACAGCUACUGACCUUCCAUAACUGUUGCUCUUCAAGAUGUGUUGCUCGUGUCCAUUCCACAACCCAACCUCCUACCCCAGCACCAGAUGGUGCUAGAGACCACUGAGGAGAAAAUCCCUGGCAACAGUGCAUGGAGUACACACAUUCGUAAUGUGGAAUGGACGUGAGUCACGCAUCUCAAAGAACAGCAGUUAUGGAAGAUCAGUAUUUUUUUUUCCAGGAGCUCAGGAAGACUGUGAAGUUGUCCAGGGGCUUGACACUAACAGCUGGAUGGGAACUGAUGGAACCUUUGCAUUUCUGUGCUUCUCCUUCUGGAUCAUCUUCAUUUUCUAUAGAGAUUAGUUCCAACUAGGACCAAGUGUAUGUCUGUAUUGGUAUUUGGGGACCCGUUCACACCUGCAAAAAUUAUAUUAUUUCUCUUCCAUCUCUGCUACCUGCCUUCUUGCUUAUACUUGUUUUUGAGGGACAGAGCAGCAGCUAAAUCUCUCUUUCUCUCUCCCCCCUACAAAGGAAAGAUGCUUAUGCCCACGCAGAGACUCUUUGAAAUAACUGAGGUUCAGGGCAAGUGGCAAAGGUAUGUGCUGUGAAUAACUUAGUGCCUAAUCCCAUGAGGUGUGUGGUGCCAUCAGUUAACUUCCAUUGACAUUAAGGAGAGAGCUGACAUGUCAGAAGAAAGGUCCUUUUUGCAUGGUAUUCUAGGCUCUGGAGUGAGAAGGAUACUAUUGAAUAGAGUCAUGUCCUGCAUGUCAGCUAAGCUAUUGUUUACAAAGAUGCUUGUAUCAAUGCCACGUGCUAUCCCAUGAGCCAUAGCUUCCCUAGAUGUGUUUCCUAUAGUCCCACAGCACUUUGACACCUAGCCGAAGACAGCUGAGGAUGCAGGGAUGAAGGUAAUCGGAGUUGGGUGGAUGAGAGAAUCUUUUGUUUUUAAAAAUUGUAUAAAAUAUAAACUGAGCCACAAAAAAGUAAGUUAGACAGAAAUAAAGUAUAUUCCCUCUGCCCCACUCAUGUGUGACUUUAAAAUGUGGCCAAUUAGUUUAUUUUCCAAAUAAAAAAAAGUUGUAUUUUUUAACACUACUCUGAGGGGAAGGGUGUUUAAUUUUAGCUGAAAGUUUUUUGUGUGUCUUUUCUGACUAACCUAAUAGGAGGGCUGGGUUGUUAUCACGAUAGCAUUCAAUCAAGGCCAUCCCAACCUGCUAAAGCUUGUCCUUUUGUAAAUGUUGAAUAGGUUUCCCUGAGCCAGGGAAAAUAUAUCUGCCAUAAUCUAUAGGAGAUAUGCAUUACUGUGACACUGCUAGCUUCUCUGAUGGGAAACCAGAGCAGCAUGAGGUGGUUGGUUUAUCUGGAACACAUGUUUAUGCUCCUUGUGUUGUGAUAUCUGCCUGCUGUCUUUGGUCUUGUAAAUUUCAGUUGCCUGCCAAUGCACAAGAAUAAUGCUCUUGUAAAUUUAGCUGGCAACAUGUGGAUCUGCAAAAUGGUUUAACCUCAGCCUAUUCACAGCUAUGAAAGGCUGUAUAUUGCCCCUCCUGAAACAAGUUUAAGGCAGCCUUUUGGGACAGGAGAGC